GCGCUCUGCAUACCUUCCCAGGCUAAGGCAGCACAGAGGAGGCUGCAUGUGCCUUCUGGGGCUUCCUCUUCUUUCUUCCUUCCUGGGUGUGCACUCUGCAUUUAAGCCACAAGCUGAUUCAAGCGCUUGCACAGUUUCCUGACAGCCACGGACAGCAUGGAGGCGUCUUUGGGUUCUUUCGGGAACCCGAUCAGGUUUAAGGAUCAGGACUUUCAGAGUCUGCUGGAGAAGUGUCUCAAGUCCGGCGAGAUGUUCUCUGAUCAGAGCUUCCCAGCCGAGCAGAAGUCUAUCGGCAUGCCGGAGGAAGAUGACCCCAGAAAGGCCAUCAAGUGGAAAAGACCCAAGGACAUCAGUGAGAAUGCUGUGUUUGUAGAGGGAACCAUCGGCACCACUGACAUCUGCCAAGGUCAGCUAGGUAACUGCUGGCUGCUGGCGGCACUGUCCUGUCUUACCAUGCACCCCAAACUCUUUGUCAAGGUGGUGCCGCCCAACCAAAGCCUGUCUAAGUCUUAUGCGGGCAUCUUCCAUUUCAGGUUCUGGCAGUAUGGUGAGUGGGUGGAGGUGGUUGUGGAUGACAAGCUGCCAGUGCGAGAGGGCCGUCUGCUCUUCAGCUACUCUCACACCCGCAACGAGUACUGGAGCGCCCUGGUGGAGAAGGCCUACGCCAAGUUAAUCGGAUCUUACGGAAGUCUGAGGGGUGGCAACAUUUCGGAGGGGAUGGAGGAUUUCACAGGCGGUAUCGCGUACUCGCUGGCCGUCUCCUCUCACACGCCUCGCGUCUUCUGGAGGUUGCUGACAGCAGCCCUCGCCCGAGGCAGCCUGCUUAGCUGCUUUAUUCAGGCCAACAAUUACAAGGAGGUUGGUAUAGUAAAUGCUGACGGGCUGAUAAAGGGCCAUGCCUACGCCAUCACUGAAACGGACCAGGUGAGGCAUGAGGCAGAUGAGAUUUUGCUUCUGAGGCUGAGGAAUCCAUGGGGCUUUGUUGAAUACCUUGGACCCUGGAGUGACAAGGGCAAAGAGUGGGAUGACAUUUCCAAAGAGGAGAAAGGGAGACUUGAAAUGAAACGUAAGGAAGAUGGAGAGUUCUGGAUCAGCGCUGAUGAUUUUUGCAAGAAGUUUGAUUUUGUGGAGCUCUGCAGUAUCAACCCUGACAACCUUCUGGAGGGAAAAACACUGGAGCCCUUUAGCUCCUCAGCCUCUUCUAAAUGGACCAUCAAUGAGCAUGAUGGGGUGUGGCUGAAAGGAAGCUCCGCUGGUGGAAGCCGAAAAUACAACCGAACCUUUUGGAAGAACCCUCAGUAUGAGCUAGUUCUCACAGAGCAGGACCAGCCGAAUGAGGAAGAUGAGGAGGACGAGGAGGACGGUGAUGAGGAGGAGGAAGGCGGAGCCCCAAACGACAGCAGGAAGACAGAAAAGGAGAAGAUUAAAGCCAAGAAGUGCACGGUGCUGGUAGAAAUCCUGCAGAAAGACCGCAGGCGCAAGGACAAAGUCCACUACAUCUACAUGGGUUUUCACAUCUACAAGGUUCCCUCUGAGCUUCAGGGUACAUGUCUGGAUCGCAACUUCUUCAUGAAAAAUCGUCCAGUUGGUCGUUCAGGGAAAUAUAAGGCUCAAAGGGCUGUGUGGAGGAAGGUCCACCUGGACCUGGGUUACUACGUCCUCGUGGCGUCCACCUAUCGGCCCAACCAGCCCGGAGAGUUCUUUGUCCGCAUCUUCUCCAAGACUGUCAACAGUUUGGGAACUCAGGAUUUUACAUGCUCCUCUGGCUAUCUACCGGUGAUGACUGCUCCUGUUGCAUUUGAGGAUAAACUGAGAGUUCUGAGGGCUUUUGAUGAAGAGGCUGGACCAGAUGACAGGCUGAACCCCAGGGAGCUGAUGAAGCUCUUCAACUCAGUCCUGGACAAACAUUAUCACCUGCCGAUGGAGACUUGCAGGCAGCUCAUUUUUGGAGAAGACACAAAAGGACGAGCCAGUCUGAACCGUCAGCAAACAGAAGCCAUGCUGUCUGAUCUACGUCACCUGCAGGCCAUCUUUUUCCAGUUUGAUGAGGACUCUUCUGGUACCAUGAGUCCUUUUGAACUCAGUGUAGCUCUGCAGGCCAUGGGGAUGAAGUGUGACGGCAAAGUGGUCCAGCUGCUGUCUGAGCGCUUCACAUCCGGAGAGUAUCACCUGCCCUUCCGUGACUUCGUAGCCGGCGUCGCCCGCCUCCGCAAGCUUUUUGCGCUGUAUGAAUCAGAAAGCAGCCGUGAGGUGAAAGAGAGAGGCAUCAACGCUUGGCUCGUUCGGUUUCUGCUGGUGUGACGAGCAUCUCUGCGUGGACUCAGCAGAGCGUCAUUGACUGACGCGCUGACAACACGUACACAUAUGAACACACACAACUCCUUUACCAACAUUUUCUAUGCCUUGCAUCGCUAAACAACUUUCAGUAUGUUCUUGAACCCCCUAAAAAAAAUAAAGGUAAAUAUAGUGCAUACAGUGGCCAGAGGUGUUUACAGUGAAUUCUCGAUGAUUCGCAUCCCAUCAUUCACAUGUACAACUACUUACAAAUGUUUACGUAGACCAUAACUAAAACUAUUAACUGAAAAAUGCACCUAGUGAAUCUAUAGUCUAACACACCCCUUUUCAAAUGCCAGGUUUUGUGAUGUCAAAAAAUUAGACCAAGACAAAUCAUUUCAAAACUUUUUCUGCCAUUAAUGUGACCUAUACCCUGUACAACUCCAAGAAAAACUGAUUAAAAAAAACAAACAUUAAUUAUUAUUGAGGGUAAGUGCAAAUAAAAAACGGAGAUAAUGUGGUUGCAUAAAUGUGCACACAUUCUUAGAACUGGUGAUGUGGCUGUGUUCAGAAUUAACCAAUCCCAAAAGGGAGUCAGUACAAAACUGCCACAAAAUAAAGUUUAGCUGUUGUAGUAGUAGGCUUUUCCAGACAUGUUUUUAAUAUUAUUAUUAUUAUUUAUUUUUUUUGCUAACUGACUGCUAUUUGGAACUGUUCAUAAUUCCUUGACAAAGGCCCCAGUUCCAGCUGAAGAAAAACAGCCUCUAAGCAUCAUGCUGUAUGGCAUUCUUUUGGUGAUGAGCAGUGUUGUCUUUACACCAAACAUACCUAUAGGAAUUAUAGAUAAAAAGUUAAACCAUGGUUUCAUCAGAUCAUAACACAUUUUGCCAUGUGUUAGGGAGAAUUCAUGCGUGUUUUAGUCAAAUGUAGCUAGGCUUGGAUGUUUUUCUCUGUAAAAUAAGAUCGCCACCCUACCCCACAAUCCACACAUAUGAAGAACACGGGGGAUUGUUGUCGAAUGUACUAAACAGACAAUACUUCCCAGAAAUUGCUGCAGCUCCUUCAAUGUUGCCGUCUGACUCUUGGUAGCCUCACUGACCAGUUUUCUUCUCCUCUUUUCAUUUAUCUUGGAGGGAUGUCCCGUUCUUGGUAAAUGUGAUUAGCUGGAUUUACAUGUAGACUUUGUCAUUCCGAUUUAUAUCAUUACGAUUGAAGAUCUCAGGUGAAGUGUUUACAUGUGACUUGAUUAGGGCUGCAGCUAUCGAAUAUUUUAGUAUUCGAGUAUCUAUCCAACAAAAUUUUUAUCGCAUAAUCGAGUAUUCAUAUAAGUAUGCUUUUUUUUAAUUUGAAUUUAAAUUUUAAAAAAUUUGGCCGUUUUUGCUUAGUUAAAGAACAAUUAUGAAUGUACAAGAUAAAAAAAAGAUACAGAUAAAUUAAAAAUAAGCCAUUUCACUGAAUAAUUUGCGACCAAUUAGUUUUCUUUUUUAAAAUAAUCAACUGUUUUCCUUAAAUCCCAUUGGACAGCAAAUAGUAUUUUCUUGUCUCUAAACAUUUUUAGUGAGGCAAUUUCACACACAAAUAAAAUAAAUCAAACACAUUUCAGUUUCAACUCAGCAUUUCUUGGAUGUAUAAAAAACACGAGGCAUUAAUUUCAAAAAAUGCAUAAAGAACAUUUUUUGUACGCCUUCACUUGGGCAGCUAGCAUGUUAGCAUAUGACAUAAUACAGUAUACAGUAGGUUCAUGGCUGUGCGUUUAUGAGCUUAUAGACCAGCUGACUAAACUCAAAUGAAGACACCUCGAGAGGAAGCACAAAUAUACACAAAUUAAACAAUGGCAUAACAUGACCAAAUACUUUAAUAGUAAUGCGUAGCUUGGAACAACGUUAAACAAUCUUAAUUCUUAGCCAACCACGGCAGCAGAUGUCACGGAAUGCCAUGCAGCACACAUGGCCAAGCUUACAGCAAACUUGACGUGCCAAAUGAGUCCUCAAACAUAAAAACAAGUGCACCACCACUAAAGCACGCUUCUCCACAGGCUCCAAACAGACGCAAAGUAAGCACAUUAUUAACCAAAGUUGCACUUACACAACAUCAUAGCUAUGUAAGAGACAUCAAAGCGAUGAGCCCCAGCUGUCAAUCCAAUCGGCCAAAAUAGUCACGGAAAAAGUACACGCUCACUGAAGUGUUGUACAAAUCCAAAUACGGCAGUUUAACAAGUCAAUUUUCCCCCAAUUGGGUUGUACAGGUUGUGGGUCACAUCAAUGGUGGAAAAAGCUUCAAAAUGAUUUAUUCUGGUUUCAUUAUUUUUAUUUCACCAAAAAACUGGCAGCUGAACAGGGGUGUGUGUAGACUUUUUACAUCCACUGUAGCUGUACUCGCACAACUCUCAACAAGCAGCACCGCGGCCCCAACAGUUUAUUCAUCAUGUACACAAGAGCAUAGCCUGAGUGAUAUCUACAAACUGAUACACGCACACACACAGUGAGCACUGGUUGUUUCGGUGUGAAUGUGAGGGUGAUGUCUCAGCAGUGCUACACGCUAUUCUUAUCACACUGACGCCACGUACAGCGUCAACACACCCUUACUCCACCCCCUCCACCACCACCCUUAUCCUGUUCUAUCUAGUGUCUGAGUCGCACAAUUUGCAUCCUCCUCUGUUACACACUCAAGUGUCCUCUACACAUGGAUGCUAUUAAUAAAUCAUUUGCUGCGCUCACACCACCUUGUGUUCAUUACGAGGUCAUUUCACGUCAGCUACAUCCUGAUAGAGGGAUGAGCAGGAGAGGAAGUAAAAUGAAGUGAGUGUUAAGAAAAUUUCAGCUCGAGAUUCCAUUUUAUACAGUUGAACCGCUAAGGUUUCAUAAGAAAUUAUGGAAACAGUGUAAUUUACUGUACGGGCAAUGUUUUAACAUUAACUGUGAUACACAUAUAAAAAGAACCAAAGCAAAACAUAAAAAGAAUAAUAAACACAAUAAAAGAUUAUCUUUAAUAAUGGCGUCUUACAGCUUUGAAUGUGCCUUUACAGUCUUGGGCUGGGUAAAUUGCUUAUUUGUUUGAGAGAAAAGUUUUGUUUUCUAGAAAAAAAGGAAAUUCAUAGGACAGGUCUAGAAAAAAAUAAGUUGUUACGUUAUGAGAAAACAUUUAUUUUUUUCAAGGACAUUUGUAAUGUUAAGAGGGAAAAAGUAUUUUUCAAGAAAGCAAAGCAAAUUUAUUUAUAUAGUGCAUUUCAUACACAAGGUAACUCAAUGUGCUUUGCAUGAUUAAAAGCAUUUAAAAACAAAGAAAAAAUAGCUUAGAAACAUUAAAAACAAGGAGGAAAAAAAUACAAUUAAAACAGCGUGCAAGAAAUAGCAUUUAAAAGUGGAAAUGCUCUAAAAAACACGAGGAAAAAAGAAGAGUUUUUAACCUGGACUUAAAAACAUGCACACUUGGGGCUGACGUCACUUCUGUUGGCAACUUAUUCCAUUUAUGUGGAGCAUAAUAGCUAAAUGCUGCUUCACCAUGUUUGCUUUGGACGCUGUGCUCCACUAUUUGACUGGGUUUAUAUUCCAUAAGCAUUUCAUUCAUGUACAUGAGAGUCUUACUCUUUCUGGAAAAAAAAACUGUCAUCCUUCCCCAAAAAUUUGAAGUUCGAUUUCUCUGAAGUAAUACAUUUGCAAGAUUAGUCAUAAUACAGCAAUACAAAAAAUUCAUUCAUUCAUUCAUCUGCCGUUCCGCUUAGCCGCACUAGGGUCGCGGGCAGUUUUAUAUUUCUAGAAAACAAGUCAUAACAUUGUGGAAAUGUAUCUUUUCCAGAAAAAAAUAAAUCACAUUAUGAGAAAAAAAACAUUUUGUUUGUAGAAAAUAAGUCACUCUGUCUAUGAUGGAAAAAGGCAAUAAAUAAGUGAAAAAAAGCCAUAUUAUGAGAAAAAUGAUUUUAAAAGUCUUAAUAUUAAAAGGGGUCACUGAUGCUAUAGUGGUACACUCGCCUGACUUUGGUGGGGGCAGCGUGGGUUCAGUUCCCACUCAAUGACAAAGUGAAUGUGAGUGCGAAUGGUUGUCCGUGUCUAUAUGUGCCCUGCAACUGACUGGCAACCAGUUCAGGGUGUAGUCCGCCUUUCACCCGAAGUCAGCUGGGAUAGGCUCCAGCGGGGUGAACCUAACCAGGAUAAGCGGUGUUGAAGAUGGAUGGAUGAUACUAAAUGGAAAAAAAAUUCUUUUCAAUAAAUGUCUUAUUUUUCUCCAAAAAAGUUAGAACAUUCUGAGGAAAAAAAGCGAAAUAUUUUUUCAAGAAAGUCUUGAAAAAAAAAACUCAUCUUUCAAGAUUUCUUUUUAAAAGCUCUAUUUUUCAAGAAUAAAUACAUGUUAAUAUAAUCUAAUACUGUUAAUAAUACAAUAAACAAAUCUUUUUUUUUUCUAGAACAUUUUAUAAUUCUAGAAAAAUGUCAACCCCCUAGUCCAUCAUGCUGCCCCAGUAUUUUUUUCAAUCGUGAUCUAUCAAGUGUAAUGUAUGCUUCUUUAACUGCAUCACAUUAGACUUUAUCAUGAUAAUGUCAGGAAACACCUACUCGAACAGCUCAAUUUUAUUUGGCGUUAAUCAGAGGCACUUUAAAUGGCAGCAGGUGGGUGCUGACUCCCAUUUAACAUGAGUUUGAAUGUGAUUGGUUCAUUCGUAACACAGCUGUAAGAGGGUGUACGUAUGCUUGUGCAACUGCAUCACCUCAGUUGUUUAUUUUUACUUCCCCUCUAUUAAAGAGAUAAUUUUACAGGUUACAUCUUUUUUAAUUAAGUUCUACAUGCUAUACAGUAGGUCACAUUCAUGGUGGAAAAUGUUUACAAAUAGGCUUAAUUUACCUUGGUCUCAUAUUUACAUCACAAAAACCUGGCAACCUGUACACUUUUUAUAUCCCCUGUAGCCCCCUCACGUCACAAAAUAGUAUUUGUGAUCUGCCCUUUAUUUCCUCCCUGUGUUGAUUCUUCCCAUCCCUCCACCUUCUCCCUUGCACUCCCUGCCUCCCUCUCCAAGCUGUCCCGUGGGAUGUGAUGAUGCUUUGACAGUGAGAUUGGCGUCUGUUCUCGGAGGUGGUAUUCUUGUGCCACAGAGGCGGGGGCCGUCACCGCCAAAACAAGAAUAGCGCUUGCAGAGUUGUAAUGUAUAGUGUGGGGGUGGCAUCUGGGGAGGGCUGCUUAUGGUUGAAGGCAAGUGUGAGCGCAAAGCCAUUGUAAAGACAGAAGGUGGUGGUGCUAUUGCGUAAGUCGGCUUCUUGUCUGUAAAUUUAGCCCGAGCUUGCUCACGCACAAAUUUGAUGAGCGGCGCGAUUGCGCUGGUCACAGCUUGGGUAUUUAAAGAUAUCAGAGUGUGUGUUGGCAUGUUUGGCACUUGCAAUUCCCAAUUUAGGUUUAAGAGUAAAUAUGGAAUAUAACAUUAAAUACACGUUAAAAUCAAGCCUUUAUGAAAGUGUAUUUACUGUGUUUCAUACAUGUCAAUUAAAUUUAAUUCUUGACAGGGCACCCAUUACAAUACCUGAGCAGUUUAUUCCCAGAAAAUGAACGUGGUAUAAUUUUUUUUAACCUUAACAUUUUUAAAUCACUAUCAUUAUAUUCAUCAUUACAAAUGAAUAUUUGGGCCACAGUGAAAAGGGGGAAAAGGUAAAGUUACAAGAAAAGUUAUUUUUUCAUGAAAGUUUGGUUUUUGAGAAAAGAAAAUCCCCCAAAAUCACUUUUUUAAAGAAAAAAGUAAGAUUUCAUGAGAAAAAAAACCAUGAGAAAAAGUAGUAUUAUUUUCUAGAAUAAAAAUGAAAUAUUACAAGAAAUAUUCAUUUCAUCUUUCAAGAAUAAAAGUCAUUUGUUCAAGAAAGAAGUUAAAAAAAAAAGUUAGAAAGUUUACAUGUAUAGUUGUAAUAAUAAUAAUCUGUGAUUGGCUGGCGACUAGUUCAGCCCCUCCUCUCGCCCGAAGAUAGCUGGGAUAGGCUCCAGCAAGCCCGCGACCCUAGCUAGGAUAAGCGGUACAGAAAAUGGAUGGAUAAUAAUCAUAAUUCACUGUAUAGUGAAACGAAUAUAGUAGUACCUUGACUUACGAGUGCCCCAACUUACAACUUACUUACCGCAAUUGAGUGAAGUAAAAAAAAAAAAAAAAAAAAAAUGGCAGUUGCCCAUGAACUUUUUGCCGUUUAUUGAACGGGCCAACCAGUCAAACACACAACUCACAGUGAGCUAACUGUGUGGUCAACAGCCAACAGCCAACACCACUAACUACAGCUCCUGACAUCACUCACGAAAGGCACACAUCAACACAUGAAUGUGUUUGUCUGACUUAAUUACACUUCAUAAAACGUAUUGCUUUUCAUCCUAUGUUAUUAAGUUUUAUUACAUGUUUAGACUUUACAAUGCAGUACUAUGUUUGUUUGUUAUAAAAGUAACAAAAACAAUUGUGUGUUGUUUUUUUUUGGGGGGGGCAUAUUAAUGGCAUUUUAAAUCAUUUCAAUGUGGACAAAUACAUUAAUUUGAUAUACAGUAGAAAGCCGCUAUUAUAGGGAUCGGCACCGGACCGCGAAUAGCAAAAAUCCAUGGAUAUUUUGAUGGCCAUUGAGAUUGCAUAGAAUUUAAUUACAUUUUAUUUAUUUAUUUUUUAAAUAUUGAUUUAGCAAGGAUAAACCACCGAUAAGCGUUUUUAGAGUUGGU